GGUUUAGCUUCGUCUCUUCUCCGCUCAAUCUCCUCGCCUGGGCCGCCAUUGUUGUGCGGUGUGGUUGCAGAGAGUGGAGAAAGAUGAAGACCAUAUUGUCGUCUGAGACGAUGGACAUACCUGAAGGUGUGAAGAUCAAAGUGAAGGCGAAGAUCAUUGAGGUGGAGGGCCCAAGAGGCAAGCUCAGCCGCAACUUCAAGCAUCUGAACCUUGAUUUCCAGCUCAUCAAGGACGAGUCCGGCAAUCGCAAGCUCAAGAUCGACGCCUGGUUCGGCUCUCGCAAGACCACCGCCGCCAUCCGUACCGCCCUCAGCCACGUCGAGAACCUAAUCACCGGCGUUACCAAGGGGUAUCGCUACAAGAUGCGUUUUGUCUACGCUCAUUUCCCCAUCAACGCCUCCAUCACCAACUCCAACAAGAGCAUCGAGAUCCGUAACUUUCUCGGUGAGAAGAAGGUCAGAAAAGUGGAUAUGCUGGACGGGGUUUCUGUUGUUCGGUCUGAGAAGGUAAAAGAUGAACUGGUAUUGGAUGGAAAUGAUAUUGAACUAGUGUCCCGAUCAGCUGCCCUCAUUAACCAGAAAUGCCAUGUUAAGAAAAAAGACAUCCGGAAAUUCCUUGAUGGUAUCUACGUCAGCGAGAAGGGAACAAUGGCUGAGGAGGAGUGAUGUCUCAAGUAUUUGCACCAUGAUUCUUAGGUUUUGGGAUUAUUUUCUUUCAUGAUGGGAACUUGGUAGUUCUUUUCUAUUUAUCCUCAUGGUUGAUUUUUUCUUUUUUAUAAACUUGUCUGAAACUGGGUUUUACAAUUUUGUGUCAUUGAUGUUGUUCUUCAAAUGAUUGACUGUACUGAAAUCCCCGUGACCAAUUUGAUAGUGCCGAUAGCGCCAUUUGGCUGCAAAAAGGUUCCAA